AAAUAAUACUAAAAGUUCUACUACUAUAUAUAUUUCUCCAGUUAUUUCUUCUUUUGGAGUGUGAUCAGUAAUAAUAAUAAAAAAAAGAUUAUUAAAAGAUGAUGGAAAAUAAUAACAGUAAUGAUAAUUAUGAGUAUUAUCAUCAGCUAGCAUCAAGUCCCUCUUAUAUGGAUUCACUUAAACUUCUUGAAUUUGAUAUACACUUUGCUAAUAUGCUGGCAGCUUCGAUUCCUACAGAUAAAGGUGGUGCUUAUCUCCGGAUGGAGCUAGGUUACAGUGACAUGGCAUACUUUUUAUCUUUGUUACUCCAGUGGAUCAAUUCACCGUGUUCAUGUUUGUUUCAAACUUGUCUGAGUUUCUGCUACGUUGUUGUACACAAGGUAUUGCCAGAUGAAAGGCUGAAGCUUACGUCUCUUGGGAGGAAGGCGUCAGUUAAAGAGUUUUAUGAUGUGAUUCUUCCAUCCCUUAAGCGUCUACGUACAAACCCAUUAGAGCUAGAUAUCGAUGAAGACGAUAUUCAAGCAUUUGGCUCAAAUCCCGUGAAGAAAAUAGAAAGACACACUAAAGUUUCAGAUCCUGAUAUGGAAAGAGAAGAUGAAUGUGGUAUAUGCUUAGAACCCUGCACCAAGAUGGUUUUGCCAAACUGUUGCCACGCUAUGUGCAUCAAUUGCUACCAUGACUGGAACAUGAGGUCGGUAUCCUGCCCAUUUUGUCGUGGAAGCUUGAAGAGAGUGAACUCCGAGGAUUUAUGGGUUCUUCCGUGUACAGAAGAUGUGGUCGACCAAAAAACGCUGUCAUUGGAGGACAAGAAACGCUUCUACAAUUACAUAAACAGGCUUCCUAAAGACAUCCCGGAUGCUGUAUUCUUGGUAUACAAUGACUACUUGAUCUAAUUGGAAUUGGUACAAAAUGGUAAUUUUUUUCUUGUAUAUUCGUAAGUUUAACGUCAUUGAUUUUGCAGUAUAUUUCUGCAAAUUAGCAUACAUUCCCAAGGUAGAACAUGCACAUCAUUUACAAUAGAGAAUGUGUUUCCUAUAAUCA